AUGACCAAGGGUACCACUUCAUUUGGUAAGCGCCACAACAAGACGCACACCCUGUGCCGUCGCUGCGGUCGUUCCUCCUACCACAUCCAGAAGCACACCUGCUCGUCGUGCGGGUUCCCCGCCGCCCGCAAGCGCACCUUCCAGUGGUCGGUCAAGUCGAUCCGCAGAAGAACCACCGGCACUGGCCGUCAGCGCCAUCUCAAGGAGGUCCAGCGCAAGUUCAGGUGAGGAAAUUUUUACUCAGCGUUUUUAUUUGCAAGUUUAGGGCGCUUAGAGGCUGUAACGAGGUUGUGGUGAAGCUCAGGUCUUUUUCCUUGUGAAACCCCGCACGUUUGUUGUAGAUCGGGUAAUUUUGGAUAUCAGUGUGUCGGAAAAAUAAUAAGCGCUCUGUCGCAUCGAAAAUCACAUCGCCGAUGAGGAAAUGAAUUGUGUCGCGGAGAAAAUCAAGUUGCUUUUCACUUCAGCGACGCGAUUGGCACAGCGACAUGGUGCUCAUUAUUUUCCCGACAGACUGAUAAAAAAGCGAUUACAGUUUCCCUCAGUUGAGUCCUAUCGCUUUUUGAUCUAUUCUAAUUUCCCUUGCGGGGACUCUGAUGACCUUAAAAAUACAGUAAAUCCUUUGCGACACAAAAAUUUAGGCGGUGAAAAAUAAUUUUCUUACUAACUUCUCUCACAAGAAUCUAAUUUUUGCCUAAAAAACCACUCUAUAAAAAUCUUGUAUUGCUUGUUUUGAACUUACUUUUGAAUUACACAAAUUUAAAAUGCUUUGGAGUACCCUAAAAUUUCACUCAAAAUGAUAUAGUCAUCAAAAAUUUCGUGGUCAAAAAAUAAUCGUUUUGACCAAAGAAUCAGUCUAAACCUUUCAUAUUGAACAUCAAAACGGCUCUUUACUAUUCCGCUCGCAAUGUCGCUGGAGUGAUUUUCGCGGAAUGCACUGUGAGAAAACAAAAGUUCAUUUUGCACUGUGCUGUACCGUGCAAUAGGCUUUUUUUCGGCUGUCGCUCGCAACUUGGCCUUUUCUGUUCAGUGAAACGCCAAAAAAUAUCUCUAGCAGCUUUGCAAACGGACUACUUUAAAUAAGUUUUAUUUUAAUUUAAAUUAACUCUUACUUCCAAAAAUCCCCAUUUCUCUGUUGUCUAACAGCUUCAUCAUUUUUUACAACUUUUCCCAGCCACAAGUGCCCAUUUAAGCCUAUUUUUAUAUUAUAAUUUAAAAAACCUUACUUUAUACAGUAUGCGUCAUAAUUAUAACCGCACUUUAAAAAUGAGUGUAACUUUUGUGAUUGUGAAUAGAAAUGUGUCAUAUUUGGCACCAAUGUGCAUCAGUGUACUAGAAAUGAUGUCCCAAAAAAUUAUUUUGAAGAGUUUCCGUAUUUUAGAGAAAAGCUGCAUAAACCAAAAUUAUGAUACUUUUCGGUGUCGCAAAAUUAUAACCGCACUUGCGAAUUUGGGGUAUUACCCUAAUAAAAACAAAGGAUAUCAAUAACUGAUGUUUAGUUACGCUCCCUGAGGCCUCAAUAACGCCCAUCACACCACCCGAAACCCUCUGGGCAAAUUUUUUUGGCGCAUCCUGACCCAUCUUGUCCCUGAACCGGAAAACGGCAGAUUUUCGCUUAGUUACGGUAGAAUACUGCUUGUUGUAGCGAUGUAAUCAACGGGCGAGGAGGCCCCACAAGUUUCCUAUCGGAUUUAAACCCAGGGAAUAUGAGAGCGAGUCUAUGGUGGCAAACGCCUUGCUGUCAAAGGAACUGGUAUGUCGACCUGCUAUGGUGGACGUGGGCAUUCUCCAACAAAAGUAUACCCAGAUUGCCAGUACGGAACCAGAUCUUCGCCUAAGACUUCGUAGUACUCGAAGCUAUUCAUUUGAGUUGCUGUGGCCGCGGACGGAAGGCCACCGGCUUUUUUGAAGGCGCCCCAAGUCAUCAACGGGCGGCCUCUAUAAUUACGACACGAGAAGCGACGCGAUACGUUUUUAAUGUCAUGCCACUGGUAUGUAAAACCGUCAGGGCAUCGUGUGACUACGCAAUACACAAGGAAUAUGGUAUUGCAACGGUCUAACGUCGGUUUCAGCGACCUUCCACUAAUCAACCUCUGUUGUUAAUGUCUCCUUGGCAAGUUUCGGCUGUGGAUUGCCGAAGACCGGGGUCAGCUGGGGUCACAGCUUCACAUAAUACCUUAUGAUGACGUCGCUGUGUUUUCCGACCCUCAGCACGGUGCUUCCGCUACUAAUGAAGCUCAGUUCUUGAUUUAAGUGAACCCCAGAGAUGGCGGAGUUAGCAGUCCGGCGGAUUAUUUCUCUUCAACCAGAAGCAGUGGUAAACUUUUGUCUGCCAUAACAUUUAGAAUUGUUAAAAGCUUCCGAGGCGACCAGAAAGUUCCUCACAACUUGGGCCCAACGGUCUUACUGCGCGAAAAUCUGCCGUUUUCCGAUUCAGGGACAAGAUGGGUCAGGAUGCGCCAAAAAAAAUUGCCCAGAGGGUUUCGGGUCGUGUGAUGGGCGUUAUUGAGGCCUCAGGGAGCGUAACUAAACAUCAGUUAUUGAUAUCCUUUGUUUUUAUUAGGGUAAUACCCCAAAUUCGCAAGUGCGGUUAUAAUUUUGCGACACCGAAAAGUAUCAUAAUUUUGGUUUAUGCAGCUUUUCUCUAAAAUACGGAAACUCUUCAAAAUAAUUUUUUGGGACAUCAUUUCUAGUACACUGAUGCACAUUGGUGCCAAAUAUGACACAUUUCUAUUCACAAUCACAAAAGUUACACUCAUUUUUAAAGUGCGGUUAUAAUUAUGACGCAUACUGUAUAUUCUAAUAAUGAGUAAUCAUUUUCAGAAACGGAUUCCGCGAGGGUACCGUCGCCAAGAAAGCCCAGAAGUCCUAA